UUUCCUCUUUCUUAUCCAUCUCUUGGUAGCUGCCAGGCUGUGGCCUGGAGCAUGGGCAGCAGUGGAUAGACAAGAGUCAGAACCAGCCUGAAGACAGCCAGGCCCCCUCCCAGCCCCAGGAUCUCCCAGGAGAAGUCUAGGGGAAAUCAGCAACAGGUAGUGGAUGGUCAAAGCACAGCCUAGGAACAUUCAGGCCUUGCCUAAGAAGAAAGCAUGGAGCAGGAGGGAGUGGCCACUGGCAUCUGCCGAGUUAUGGCUCAGGAACCUGUGUCAUUCAAAGAUGUGGCUGUGGCCUUCAGCCAGGAGGAAUGGGGAUUCCUGGACACCUCUCAGAAGAAGCUGUACAAGGAAGUGAUGCUGGAGAACUAUAGGAACCUGGUGUUCCUGGGGCUUCCAGUUUGCAAAGCAGAUGUGAUCUCCCAGUUGGAGCAGGGGGAAGCCCCAUGGAUGCUGGAGAGAGAAGGCCCAGGAGUGUCCAUUACAGAUUGGGAGCCGAGGCCUAAAAUAAUUUCUCCAGAAGAAUCAUCCUGGAAGAAUGUCUUCAGCGACAGGCCUUGGACGUUUGAGUUGGGAGAAGCCUGGGCUUGUGAUGUCAAGUCAGGCAAGAAGCAAGGCAGCCAGGAGAGUCCUUCCAAGAAAUUAGCCGUUAGCCCCAGGAAGACCAUAAGUAGAGGAAGAGGCCAGCAAUAUAAUACAUUUGGAAGGAGCUUCAGUCGGGGGUCAGGCCUUUCUCUCCAAGGGAGCAUUCCUGCAGGUGACAGUCAUGAUGCAGGUGAUACACAUGGCCAGAUCUUCCAAGCAUAUUCAGACCUAACUCAGCAUACUAAGGGGAUUCCCAGGAAAGAACAUGCCAGGGAUGCUGAACAUGAGCAACACUUUCAUUAUCAGCCGGAUCAUACUCGGCAUUAUGGCAAACAUACAGGAGUGGAAGUUUAUGACUAUAACCAAUGUGAGAUAGCCUUCGGCUGGGGCACAGACCUUACUGGACACUCCCAACUUCAUCCUGAAGAUAGCCAAUGUGGGAAGACCUUCGGGCAGAAUGCAAAACUCAUUUAUCAUCAGAAAGUUCAUCAUGGAAACAAACAUUAUGCAAGGAAUGAAUAUGGGAAAGCUUCCCUGGAUCACUCCUCACUUCUUGCCCAUCAGAAAAUUCAUACCAGAGAGAAGCCUUAUGAAUGUAAUGAAUGUGGGAAGGCCUUUAGCCAGAGCUCAGAACUCAUUAGACAUCAAAAAAUCCAUACUGGAGAGAAACCUUAUGAAUGUAGUGAGUGUGGGAAAGCCUUUGUCUGGAACUCAGAACUUAUCAGACAUCAAAUAAUUCACACUGGAGAGAAGCCUUAUAUAUGCAGUGAAUGUGGGAAGGCUUUCACCCAGAGUUCAUCUCUUACUUUACAUCAGAGGAUUCACACUGGAGAGAAACCUUAUAAAUGUGACGAAUGUGGCAAGGCCUUCACCCGUAGUUCAUCUCUUACUGUACAUCACAGUACUCAUACUAGAGAGAAACCUUAUGAGUGUAAUCAUUGCGGGAAGACUUUUAGCUGGAAUUCAGAACUUAUUAGGCACCAAAUAAUUCAUACUGGAGAGAAGCCUUAUAAAUGUGACGAAUGUGGGAAAGCCUUCACCCAGAACUCAUCCCUUGUUUUACAUAAACGAAUUCAUAGCAGAGAAAAACCUCAUGAAUGUAAUGAGUGCGGUAAAGCCUUCAUCCAACACACAGCCCUUAUUUGCCACCGGAGAAUCCACACUGGAGAGAAGCCUUAUAAAUGUAAUGAAUGUUGGAAGGCUUUCAGUCAGAGUGGACACCUUACUGUACAUAAGAGAAUUCAUAACAGAGAAAAGUCACACGAGUGGAGUGGAUAUAGUAAAGCCCUCAUCCAACACUCCCCUCUUCUUUACCAUCAGAGAAUUCACACUGGCGAGAAAGCCUAUGAAUGCAAUGAAUUUGGAAAGGUCUUCAGUCAGGACACAGAAACUAUCAAUCAUCAGAAAAUGCAUCCCGGAGAGACAUUUUUAUACAUGUAAUGAAUAUGGGAAGACCUUUAUCUGGAGCUCAUUUCUUAUAGUUCUUGGGAUCAUUCAGACCACAUAAAAACUUUAUAAAUGUGGUAAGCAUGGGCAGGUCUUUGGAUGCAGCAGAGCCCCUAUCUAUCUGUUCAGAAUGGAAUGAAGCCUUGUAAAUGUAGUGAAUGUGGGAAGGCCUUCUGCCAGAGCUCAUCCCUUACUCAAUGUCAGAGAAUUCAUCCUACAGAGAAACCUUAUGAAUAGAAUUAACGUGGGAAGGCCUGCACCAAAGGCUCAGGAUUUAUUAGACAUAAGAAAAUUCCUUCUGGAGAAGAAGCCUUAUAAAUAAUAAUAUUAACUAACAUCUAUGUAGCACUUUAUGGAUGUGUCAAAGUGCUUUACAAAUAUCGUAUCAUUUGAUCCUCACAACAAACCUAGGAGGUCGGUGCUAUUAUCAUCCCCACUUUUUUUAGAUGAAGAAGAGGAGACUAGGAGAAAUUAGUGAUUUCCCCAGGGCACACAGCUAGGAAGUAUCUGACACUGAAUUUGAACCCAUGUCCUCUUGACUCUGGGUCCAGUUCUCCAUCUGUGGAAUGGGUGGAAUGGAAAAAAUAUUCCAUAGACAUUAAAUGCUCUAUUUAUAUAAGCCAUUGUGCUAACUACUGGGCAUAGGAAGACAAAAAUUAAGCAAUCGCUGUUCUCAAAGAUCCCACUUUCUUCAGCUAAUAUGUGCAAUUUUUAGGUGAAGGAAAGCCUAUAAAUGUGACAAAUGUGGCCAAAAAACCAGUGCUUUCAUCUUCUUGUUCCUGGAGAAAUCCUGCUUGAGUGGAACCUCAUGGAAGUGACACAUUUGGAAAGGCUUUAGUCUGGUGCCUUCUCCUCACCAUCAGAAAAGUCAGACAGAUCUGAAGCUUUUUCAUGGUUGUAUAAAAGACCACUGAUCAAGCCUCACCGAGGGUUACAGAGCCUGCCUGAUUACAGGAAUGCCGAAAUAGUGGGAAGGAAGAUGGCUAUUAAGGGGAAAGUUACUGUUCAUGAUCAGAGAGUGACUAUAACUGAGGAGGUGAUAUUCUAAAACCAAAAGUCAUUUCAUACCAUCUUGAUCCUGGUUGAAAGAUCAGGUAACGGGGCAGCUAGGUGGCGCAGUGGAUAGAGCACCGGCCCUGGAUUCAGGAGGACCUGAGUUCAAAUCCGGCCUCAGAAACUUAACACUUACUAGCUGUGUGACCCUGGGCAAGUCACUUAACCCCAAUUGCCUCACCAAAAAAAAAAAAAAAGAAAGAAAGGAAGAAAGAUCAGGUAACAGACAACAUUCCAUCCCCUUGUCAAGUUUCUAAGUAGUAACAGGUUCAACCCUCAAUAUGAACAGACUUCUUAAUAUGACAUUCUGAAUGGUCUAUAAUGGCAGUCCCCACUGGUCCCCAAAUGGUCCUUUAGAUCUAUAACCAUGUCAUCAUCUUAUUUUUGAGCAGCUCCACCUUUGGGAAUUUUCUCCUGGCACUGUCAUCUACAAUCAACCCCUACAAUUCACAUCAUCUCCACAUUUGUGUUCCAUGCCCUCCAUAGCUAUCGUGGAAGGGAAGGUCUCUCCCUCAUUCCUCUUAUGUUCCAUUUCCCCAGAAUUCAAAGGCACAUACAAAAAUAUGAGAGUAGAAGCCCUUUAUAAACACCAGUAGCUCCAAGCAGGCACAAUAAACAACCAGACCUCUGAUUCAUUGGUGUAGGGAUGGGGUCACAAAGAGUCAGAUAAAACUGAAUGAGUGAUCAACAACAAAGGGAUUUCCCCAUAAGCAGCUUCCUCUUGCAAUACAGAUCAGAACCUUCUGUCCAAAUCAGAGUCUCUUGGAGUUUCCUGGGGUACCUGGUAGUUAAAUGACUUAGAGUCACAUAACCACUAUAUGUCAGAGGUAGGACUUGAACUCAGAUCCUCUUCACUUUGAGGCCAGCUAUCCAUCUACUAUGCCAGAAGCUCUUAACCUUUUUGUGUUGUGGAUCCCAGAGAUAUGCUGGUGAGUGUUUAACAACCAUCUCUCCAAAAAAGAAAACUUAUAAGACAGAUUGAAGUUUAAUGUGCAUUAUUAACAUUUUCUGUUUUAUUAAAUCUAGACAAUCAGUGAAAUAAACCAACUCUUUAUUUGUAGUGAUUCUGAGGUAUAAAUGCUCACACUGAAAUUUUUAUUCCAUUUUUUUCAAUUACAUGUAAACAAAAAAAUUUUAACAUUGGGGUUUUUUUGAA